GCUUUCUUCAGGCGGCGAUAAUGUCAACGGCCGCCGCUAACCAAUUGGCCGUUGCACCAAUCACACGCCGCCGCGUCGGAGACUCCCUCGAAACCACCACCACCUCCGAACGCCCCUCCAUCUCCUCAGAUUACUGCAACAUACUCAUGCUCGACUCUGACGACGUCGACGCCACAACCGUCUCAACAAACGGUAACGGUAACGGCGCGUGUGCCUCACCUUCCUCGAUGGUCUCUUCCUCCACCUCUUCCAGCGGAUCUCAUUACCACCACUACCAUCACCACCCCACGAUCCGGUACCUUCUCCGCGGGAAACUGAGACUGUUGUGCGACGGUGGUGGGUUCUUUGGGAGGAACGUGGGGCGUCGGAUCUUGGGGCUGCUUAUGGCUUUGGUGGUUGCUUCUCUGUUUAUUAGAGUUUCGUUGAUGAGUGGGAACGUGUUGCAUCGGAGGGAUUUGAAUGAGCUUGUGGUUGUUAGGGCGUUGCAUGAAGAUUGGUCGUUGGCUCAAAGGGCUGUGGCGGAGAACGUUGAUGCUGAGAAGCUUCCUAUUCCUGAGAUAUGGCAGAAACCUGAAAGUGGAAACUAUCGCCAGUGUGCUUCACGUCCCAAGAACCGUUCAAGGCUACGUAGGAAAACAAAUGGUUAUCUUCUAGUACACGCUAAUGGCGGAUUGAAUCAGAUGAGAACUGGAAUAUGUGACAUGGUUGCUGCAGCAAAGAUCAUGAACGCCACUCUUGUUCUUCCUCUCCUCGACCAUGAAUCUUUCUGGACAGACCCAAGCACAUUCAAAGAUAUUUUUGACUGGAGACACUUCAUGAACGUACUAAAAGACGACGUUGACAUCACCGAGUACUUACCUCCUCGUUAUGCAGCAAUGAGACCUCUCCUUAAAGCUCCUGUCUCUUGGUCCAAGGCUAGUUACUACAGGAGCGAGAUGCUACCAUUGUUAAAGAAACAUAAAGUCAUAAAGUUCACACAUACUGAUUCACGUCUCGCCAACAACGGCCUCCCACCAUCAAUCCAACGCCUUAGAUGCCGCGCUAACUACCAAGCCUUAGCAUACUCCAAGGAGAUUGAAGAGCUCGGAGAAGUUCUUGUGAACCGGUUACGAAACAACACCCAACCCUUCAUCGCUCUCCACUUACGCUACGAGAAAGACAUGCUCGCCUUCACAGGCUGCAGCCACAACCUCACAUCCGGAGAAGCUGAAGAGCUGAGGAUCAUGAGGUACAACGUGAAACACUGGAAGCAGAAAGAGAUUGACAGCAGAGAGAGGCGUGUCCAAGGAGGUUGUCCCAUGUCUCCUCGAGAAGCAGCUAUAUUUUUAAAAGCCAUGGGGUAUCCAUCUUCAACUACUGUGUACAUAGUCGCUGGUGAGAUCUAUGGAGCUAACAGCAUGGAUGCUUUUAAAGAAGAGUACCCAAACGUUUUCUCACAUUCAACGUUGGCAACUGAAGAAGAGUUGGAGCCUUUUAAGGCGUAUCAGAACCGUUUAGCUGCGUUGGAUUACAUUGUGGCGUUGGAAAGCGAUGUUUUCGUGUAUACUUAUGAUGGAAACAUGGCUAAGGCUGUACAAGGGCAUAGGAGGUUUGAAGGGUUUAAGAAGACUAUUAAUCCAGACAGGUUGAAUUUUGUGAAACUGAUAGAUCGUUUAGAUGAAGGUGUGAUGUCUUGGGAAGAGUUUUCAUCAGAGGUGAAGAGAUUGCAUGGAGAUAGGAUUGGAGCUCCUUAUGUGAGACUCCCCGGUGAGUUCCCUCGGUUAGAGGAGAAUUUUUAUGCAAAUCCACAGCCGGAUUGUAUCUGUGACAAGUCUCAUCAGAGUGAGCAAGUGUGGAAAGCAGGAGGUAGAUUGAAUAAGGAGAGUAUAGAAACCAUGGGAUUCUGGACACUGAUGGAAGGGUUGCUACUAUUCGCAAACGCACUUGCUAUCCUCAACGAAGACCGUUUCUUAGCUCCCAAAGGAUGGACACUCGCAGAGCUUCACCAAACCGGCAAAAGAAACUCUCUCAAAGGCCAAAUCGUUGGUCUCAUCCACGCCUGCCAGUACAUGAGGCUUCCCCUCAUGCUCUUCAACUUACUAGUCAUCGUCACCAAACUCUUUUCCGGUUAA